AUGCAAAGGGAGAUAAUAUUUGGGGUUCACUUAAUUUUGCUUCUCUUUGUGGUUAUUACACCAAGUUGCGAUGCGUUAAAUGUUAUUCCAAGAAGAUAUAAAGUUGUCCAACGAGCUGCGCGUGAUGGAACAACACGAUCCAUUACUUUUCUUUCUUCGGGUUAUUCUGCAAAAAGCGUUGAUGUUUUUAAUAAUAAUGUAAAAUCAUGUGUUGAUGCCUUGUACGGCAAAGAUCCUACUGUCUCAGCAGCUCCAUGGAAUCGUUAUGUGAGUUUGUUGAAUAUAUAUUCUGUAUUUCAGGCAUCUGAAGAAAAUGAUGUGAUUGACUCACUUGGGACACAUCAAGAAUGUAAUGAUCCUACAAAAUGUAAUAAAAAUAUUGCAGAAAAUAAUCUUGGAUGUACUUUUGGUAUUCCAGAUCCAUCUGUUAUUAGUUGUAAUCUUAGCGCUGUAUUCACAUUAGCCACUGUUGCCCCUGUUAGCGAUCUUAUUGUGGUAUUAGUAAAUAAACCUAAUAAUAUAAGCAGUACAAGUGGAAAUUCUCUUGCAGUAUUUACAAAUGAACCAUCAUUUUUGCCUUUUUUUGCUAUUCGUGAACUGAGCAAAGCUAUUGCUAAUUUGAGUAGUGAAUAUAAUCAUGGUAUAAAUGAGGCUUCACAUGUAUCUAUACCGAAUUGUGUUCCUUCUUUGAAUGAAGCUCAUCAAGAGUGGGGAUAUUGGAUGACACGAGGAGAAAUCAGUGAAACACCAACACAAGGAUGUUUUUUUAAUAAUUAUUAUCGUCCUACGGAGAAUGGUUGCAUUAUGCGAAAUUCUACCCUUAAAGGUAUGUGUCCUAUCUGUAAGGAACAAGUAAAUCUCAGUCUAUUAAAGGACAAGAAAGGUAUUUCCCUAUCUGCUGGACGAUGUCCUAAAGAAGAUUCUUUAGUACAUGUAGAUGUUUCUCAAGAUCUUCAACUCACUGUUGGAGAUAUUGGAGUACAAGAUGAUGUAAUAGUGAUAUGGCGAGAUGAAAAUGGAACUAUCAUAAAUAAUAACUUUGGCAAAAAUAAUGCUUCUCUUUUGGUACCUCAAAGUUCAUUGAUAACAUGGACAUUUCCAAGAAAAAUAAUUGUCAGUAUUGAAGAUAAUUCUCCAUAUGUUCGUCCAGAGAAACGUACAGAAUUAUUUAAAAGAAAAACAACUUUUUAUCUUGUUUCUUUAUUACCAAAUACAUGUAAUAUUACAAAAUGUGGAUUAUUUAGUACAUGUACAUCAUGCAGUGGUUCUAAUUGUUCUCUAGAUAUUCCUCCAAAAAGACAAGAGAUACAUUGGGAUACUAAUUAUUUUAAUAGACCAUCUACAAUUAGUUAUCGAAUUGUCGCUUCAGUAAUUAGUACAACUGCUGUUUUUUUGGUAGCUCUUGUCUUUUUAUUCUAUUACUUUUGUUAUUAUAAACGUCCACAUGAAGUUAUUUCUCCACAAUUUAUGGAUUAUUUAUUAUGUGGAGGUAUUUUUAUUAUUUCAUUUAUUUUAUUGGGCUUAUCAACUUAUAUAUUGGUAGUGAUUACCCUUUUUUUCGAAGCUUAUGUAGUGGUAUGGCGACGUUGGAUUAUUCCAUCUACUCUAACUGGAGCUCUUAUUUACGUUAUGGCUAUAGCCAAUUUGGGGUUUAUGCUUUUUAGAUGCUUUAAACCUAUAAAGCUUUUUAGUAUUAUAAUGUUUUGUAUUGGAAUAGUUCUUAUAGCCGUUGGUCUCUUUUUGGGAUGGACACACUUGCAUCGAAAUGAAGAUAAUUUAAUUAGUUAUGUGGCUUCUUCUUGGUUAGAGGCUGUAAAAGAAACGUCUUCUGUGGUACAUAGAGUUCAAUCACAAUUAAAGUGCAGUGGAUUCUUUGUAAGCUGUCUUGAAGUAAGAAGUUCUUACUGUCCCAAAGAUAGUGAAAGUAAUAUGUAUGUAAAUUCGUGUAAAACUCCUUUUAUGAAUCUUAUUGCCUCUACCUAUGUGCAAUUAAGUGCCAUUAGUCUUGCUACGGGUAUCUUAUUAAUAGGAAUGGCGGCAAUCAAUAUCAUUUUUUUUCUACGUUUCUCACUUCUUGUGAUCUCCGCACGUGAGCGCCGCAGUCACCGCACGGAGCCCAACGCCCUAACGCUCCCUUUCACCUUUCAGGAGGUGUCGGAGGCCCGGCGGCUCUUCAACGCCAUCACCACGAAAACAAAUCGCACACUUGAGGGAACUCGCGCGGUGGAAUUUCUUCAGCGGGUUUUCGCGGCGGACCUCAAAGACGCAGAGAUUGCCCGCGUGGAGUCCAGCGGUCCACUCUCCUUUGAGGCUCUCAUGGCCCUUCACUUCCCUUAUGUUGAUCCCACACGCAUAGAUCCACGGCAGUUGACACCGGAUGAGAUCUUUGAGGAACGCGGUGUGGUGGGAAAACAACAGAGACAGUAUAGUAAAUUACAGGCUUUUGCCAGCGCCUCCGGUACACUAGCUCCAGCUACACUUUUUCAAAUUUAUCAGAAACAUGUAAAAGAGAAUUUUAUUACUGAUCAAGAGAAGUUUCUCACCAUACUACGAGAGGAAGCCAUAAAAAACUGCCCAGAUGCUCCUCUAUGUAAUGGGUUGGGGGCAUUGGAGUUGGAAGGUUUGCGAAAUGUUUGGGUGCAACUUAAUCCAGCUAUACUGGGAGAUUUGAGCAAUGAACAGAUUGAUGUGUUUUACCAGUGGACACACGGUGAACCCCUUCGUGAUGCUGCUCAUUUUAGAGAGUGGAAAAGAUCCUUGGAUGUUCGUAAUCGAGGAGCUAUUGGUUGGGGAGAAUUUUGUUAUCCUUUUGCAAAACGGGCACGUCUUCGAAAGGCUCGUGAAUAUUUGAGUAGUCUUGGAAAAGAAAUACCCCCAGAGAUGGUCUCCAGAAGUCUUGUAGAGAAGAAUUAUGGAUCUACUGCAGUGGAGUCUGUUUUUAUGAUUUACGAAAAUGAAGUACCAAUUGAACGCCUUGUUGAAUAUUUCCUACAGUAUAGGGAAGCUGAACUGAAAAAGAACAGAUGA